CCUGUGAGCUCAUAUGAGAUACAUUUACCGUCCACUAGCUACACUUCAGCACAGACUUGUGCAACUCAAUGAAUAGAAACUUUUGAUUGGGUGUUUAGGAAAUGAAGGCGGACACUAAUUCAGACAAACUGAGGACUGAGGAGUAGUAGUUGGUGUUUCCAAGUAAGCGUAGCCUACCCGGGUGUGAGUCUUGCAUUCACCGAAUUAAACAACAUUACAACGGGAGAAGAACUCCGCCUACAAAUGCUGGCCCGACACUCCCAUUCGAUGGAAAGGGUUUCUCAGACCUAGCGGAACGAGAUGAGAUCGAGACGGCCACUGAUCAGACCUCAGCUAUAAUGACCCUGGCGUCAUCCAGGCCCUGGGCGUAAUUGAGAAGGAAUUACAAAACAUAACAGAGAAGGGAUUCUUGUGAAUAUUUUUGGCCUCCACUUUUGUUUGUUGUUCUUUAGUCGUUUAUUUCACAAUGAGUGCAGUCAUGGCCUCCGAGAGCUGCUUUAUGUCGGCUUUACUCCCCAACACCCAGGUAACCGCUUAUGCAGUCCCCAGCGACGCACAGCUCAGAUCCGAUGGGAAAUUAAUUGACGGAGUCGCGAAGGCCAAGAGAGUCCAACAGCAAGUCCAGAUGCGUCUUGCCCAGAGGUCCUCCUCACUGUCGCGGCUGAAUGGAUUGCACUGCGCCUCUGCAGGCCCCAGCAUCCCGUCUGCCAGCUGGAAGCCCAGCCCUCCUCCUCGCAGUGCCGGCUUCAGCUCCGCCUCCCUGGGAUACUCAGGGACCCGCACCAUGGCUGUUCCGGUGAUGUCUAACUAUUCUAGUGGCUUCUCAUCGCGCUCAGCAGUAGAAAGCAACUCCAGGUACAGAACCAGCCAGUCAGCAGCCAGCACCACCUACCCUCACCUCUCUGAUGUCACCAGGGGGGGUUACCACGGUGGGUACCCGGGCGGUUACCAUGAAGGUUACCAUACCAACCAGACCAGAACCAGAUCCAGAUCUCUGUGCCAGGCCCACCAGGAAAUGGCACCCCCUGAUUGGCUGGUACAUCAGGAAGUGGCUGUGGCCCCUCCCACCAUGCAACGCUCUCUCAGCGGAACUCUGGCGCGUGGGGGCGCGGCUGCCGCUGGGUGGAGGGAGGAGGAGCUGUCCUACCAGCACUCCUUCAAAGGCCCCUCCCAUCGCACCAUCAGCCGCAUCACCAACAGGCAGGCGGGGGGCGGGGGCGGUGUGUUGGGCGCGGCGGCCCAGCAGGUGUCGCUGGGCGUGGGGAGCGUGUCGGGGACGUCGAUGAGGCGGGCGCCUUCCCUCCGCAGCGUGAGGAGCGUGGGGAAGGGCGUCGACCUGCAGGACGCCGGCUCCUGCCACAGCAACGACAAGAUGGGAGGGGUCCAGGGUCUGGACAUGGCCACGGCGGUCAGCUACAUCUCUUCGUCAGACACGGCGCUCCAGGCCCUGGGAGCUGCCUACAUACAGCACCAGUGUUACCAUAGCAACGAGGCCAAGAACCAGGUGCGUGUCCUGGGGGCAGUGCCAGCUCUAGUGCAGCUCUUCACCAGCGAAAGCCAGGAAGUCCAACGCUUUGCCACCGGUGCCACAAGGAACCUCAUUUAUGAGAACAUGGACAACAAGACAGCUCUGAUGGAAGCUGGCGGAAUCUCCGCCCUGGUCAGUGCUUUGAGAGAACCGGACGAGGAACUUCGCAAGAACAUCACUGGCAUUUUGUGGAACCUGUCUUCUAAAGACAGCCUGAAGGAGAAGCUGACCAGAGAGACGCUGUCUGAGUUGACAGAGAGCGUCUUAGUGCCUCUGUGUCACCCCGGAGACUCUGGACACCUCAGUCACAGCCCCUCUGAGGCAGACAUCUUCUACAACACCACCGGCUGCCUCAGGAACCUGAGCUCGGUGAGCCCACGUAGCCGGCAGCAGAUGAGGGAGACCAGAGGCCUGCUGGACUCUCUGGUGGCUCACGUCCAAUAUGCCAUAGAAGAGGAGAAGGUGGAUGACAAGGGGGUGGAGAACGUGGUGUGUGUUCUCAGGAACCUGUCCUAUCAGCUCUACAGAGAGAUGUCUCCAUCCACUCUGCUGCGACUGGAGGGGCCGACCAGAGGCAGGAACACCAAGGACAGCCUCCCCAUUGGCUGUUUCACUCCCCAGAGCAAGAAGGCCAAAGAGCGUCGCAACCAGGAGCUGUCUGCCCUGGCCGAGGUGGUGAAAGCUCCGCGGGGGUCGGAGUGGCUGUGGCACCCCCAGGUGGUGAGGCUGUACCACGGCGUGCUGCAGAGGUGCGAGAGCAACUCCAACACGCGCGAGGCAGCAGCCGGAGCGCUGCAGAACAUCACGACAGGAGACACCAGGUGGGCGGGUGUGUUAGCGGGCGUGGUGCUGGACCAGGAGAGGAUGCUGCCUCUGCUGUUGGAUCUCCUGCCGACCAAGAGUGAACUGGAGCUCCGCCCACUGACCGGCCUGCUCAGGAACCUGGCGCGCCACUCUCGCAGCAAGGACAACAUGGCCACCAAGGCCGUGCGGGUGCUGGUGGGCUGUUUGCCCAGCGAUGGCCACCAGAAAGAGCCCUCCAGCGACGUGGUCGUCAACAUCUGUGGCACACUCAACAGCUUGGUGGCUGGAAGCUCGCUGGCAGCCAGGGACAUCUGCUACUUUGACGGUCUGCCCAAACUGGUGGCCAUUAAAAAGUCCCACGACAACAGCCCUGGGAGGUUGAAAGCAGCAGGCGCGGCCUCCACAGUCCUCAGCAACAUGUUUCAUUACAACAAGCUGCACAGAGACUACAAACAGAAGGGCUUUACGAGGAGUGACUUCACGGACACAUUGCUCUAGAGCAGCCACGGUGCAGGGGUGUGGUCAGUCUGCGGGGGGGUGGUCAGUCUGGAAGGACUGCAGUGCUGCAGCCAUGGGGAGGAGGAGCUAAGUCUGAUGCUGCCAUGGUGACAGAUGGGCUGCAGAGGACAGCUGGAAUGCCUUUUUAAUUCAGAACAGUGUUGGAAAUUUUUAUUUUUGGUCUUUUACUGACUCAUGAUUAUUUUUUGAACUUUUAUUUGAUGCAACUUGUUUUAAGAUGUGUGUGUGUGUAAGGGAGACAAAUUAGUCACUUAGAAAAAAUAUAAACUAAUUGUUGCCAGUGUGUGACUACAAUCAACGGAAAUGUACUAGCUUAAAUGGCUCAUUUAAACUGCACUAUAACUGUAGACAAACUUGCUCAAACCUUUUAUUGAAACAAAACGUCCUGUGUUCUUAAUCUAAGGUGGUCUAACACACUCCAAAAGAAGGAUUUCUUGGGGGAGGUUUUGAGAAGGGAAAGUGAAGCAAAUGGGAGGAGGCCAUGGGAGUUAACAGUAGACUAUAUCAGCCUGACAGUUCAUCAGUCAAUUCUGACAGGUUGAUCCUAUUAGGAAGUAGUCAACAGUGUACAGGUGUGCUACGUCCGUGUGCACAAAGAGACUAGAUCUUAACUCAUCUUUUAACCCUUGAGCUCCACUUGGGUCUGUAAUUUCCGGAAAAUACACAUUUUUGAAAAACAUCUGUUUCUCAUCAGACAACGUUUAUGUAGGAAUCUGCCGCACAUCCCAGAGUGCACUAAACCCUUAUGGAGGUCAGCAGAGGAAGAGGGGGGCGUUUCCAUGGGAACGGCCAACCUCGCGAAGGAGGGAGCAAGUGAAGGAAUGCAGCCACAGGAGUUGGCUGGGCUUUAUCUCCUCUGGGAUCAGCCAGGGAUCAGCCAGGGGUCAGUACUGCUGGGGGGGGGGAGGUUCACCAGACCUCAAGAGGAGCUCUCAGAACAAAUACACACACACACACAAAGGUAGAAAUUGUGGUUUUACAAAGGACACCCACCAUAUCUUAAUAGGCAUGUUUAAAAAGUGUAAGUUGAACGAACUCAAAAACACUGACCGAAUGCUAUACAUAGAGCAUGCUGCCCUCUUGUGGCAAAACAGGGACACAAAUAACAGGUUCAUCUCAUGCAAAAGGUUGGGGAGUUAUUUGAGAGCUCAUUUGAAAGUCCUGAACAAUCUUGUUUGAUAUCUCCGCCUCGUGACACUUGACCAAAAGUCUACAAAGCACAGGGACACACAUGGCUUAAGGUUGUCACUGAACCUUUAUUUAGCCAAAUGAGGAGCGAUAUGGAAGAUGACAUUUCAUACUCCUCGGGAGGAAACAAAGAUCAGAAGCACAACACACUGGCACUAAACGAAUAUAGCAAUGGAACACAACGCUUUACAAUAAUGCUGAUGUUUAACAUACAGCAAACAUCCAAAUUAAAUAACAAAGUAAUACAAUAUGCGCAAACCGCAAAAGGCACAACAUUUUAGCAUUUGCUGAGUUAAAUGACUGUCCUGAAUUGAAUGUACUGUACAGGUAAUAAAAUAUUAAUAUACUUCACACUUGACUCUCCAUUGGCAGUAAGGAUUUUAAAGUCGAUUGAGACGUCUUAGAACAUGUAAACAGGAACUUGAGGAGAAGACUGUAAAACAAUGAGUUAAAUAAAGAUCAUUUUAACCCGUA